AUGUUUGAAUCCAUCAUCUCUGAGAUUCUAACAACAGUUCUUGGGAAGUACAUCGUUUUGAACCCCCAGAUGUUGAAAAUCAAUUUGGGGAAGGGGGAAGUCAUUCUCUCCAACCUUUCUCUUCGAAAGGAUGCAUUGAAGUCACUUAACCUUCCCAUAGAUAUAGUUCACGGGCAAGUAGCACGCCUUCAUGUCAAAAUCAAAAAUUUGAGUGAAAUAGUCAUUCAAGUUGCGAACGUUACAGCGCUCUGUGUUCCUCAAAAGCAGUUUGUGUAUGACGCAAAAAAAGAAAUGGAAGAAGAUCUCAAAAAGAAGUUAGAAGCAAUUGAACAGUUUGAGGCUUUUACUAAGAUCACAAGUGGCGAUUCCGGGUUUACGGCCAAGAUCGUAAGAAAUGUGUUGGAAGGGUUAAUAGUGACUGUUUCAAACGUUCAUUUGCGGUAUGAAGAUAAUGAUGAAAACACUGGUAUUUAUUUCUCAAAUUUGACGUUUUGUAACGCAAAGGAGCAACCUGUUGGGAUCAUAAGAAAAGAAGCCGUUGUUGAAUCUUUGAUGUUCUACGCUGGUACUGAAAAAAUGGAGAUUAACGAGAAACCAACGAAGAUAAACAACAUCACGGAAAUGCCGGAAUUAACUGUUACAAUCGACUUUGUACAAAAACAUUACAAACAAAUUAAAGUGUAUGUGCAAGCGAACAUGUUCAAGUCUACAUUAACACACAAACAGUACCAAGUGUUUUUAAGUGUUGUUGGUAGACUCUCUGAGUACGCACAAGCAAUCAAAUUUCUUGGAUUAAGACCACAAGUCCCAGUUGUUGGUAAUGAAAAGCGUUGGUGGAUGUAUGCUGUUGAUGCUUUAAAGAAGAAAAAGCAAGAUGACGACAACAAAAAGGUGCGGGAAGAUGUCAUCAGAAAUUAUGAGAACAGUUACACUGCGUUGUAUUCCAAAUGGAAAGACAGUGGUAAAGAUGACACGCCCAAAGAAAUAUUAGCGAUGGACAAAGAGCUUCGCACUGAUGAAAUUAUCGAAUUAAGAAAGAGGGGGUUGGCCAAGUUAGCAUCUGGCAUGAAGACGGGGUGGUAUCAUCGAAAGAAAAUGGGGAUGACCAAAGAGGAGGUAGAAACCCUCUGUCGAAUGUUAGAAGCGAAUGAUGUUAAAAUUGAAGAUAAAGAAGAGAUGUUUCGACUUGAAAUUCAUUUAGAGUAUGGAGAAGUGUCUUUAGAGAACAAUGACAGGAGUCGUACCUUAGCUCGACUCAUAACAAAUAAUAUUGAUUUGAAGUGUGUGAUCUAUGGGAAAGGCUUUCAAAUUCAAUUUGUGUGUGACAAUGCGGAAGUUAUGGAGUUUAUUAGUUGCCAUGAAAAGGUGUUGAAAAGAAACAUGGAUGGAGUGCCUUUAGUCCAUGUUAUUAUCGAACACCCAAUCAAAGGACCAGAUGCUAUUAUCACUGCUAAAGUAGCCGGGACUGAAGUCUCGUUUAAUAAAGCACUUUUGAUGGGAAUGUACCAGUUCUUUGUUGUUCCAGACAAGAUUAACAUCUCACAGAUACGUGCAUUUGCUGAACAACAACUUGGGAAGUUCUAUCAACUUGCGACGAACAGAAUAGGAGAAAUAAUAACUAACCACCAACCAACUAUUCAACUCAACGUCGAAAUUGUUGCUCCAACAGUCACCGUCCCACUCUUUUUUGAUAACAAAGAGUCUCCGUGUUUUAGAGUUUCACUUGGUAAUUUGCGAAUUGAUUCUGUUGAUGCGGCUGUUGGGCAAAGCUUCAAAGUGAAGUUAAAAGAUGUUGAUGCCUCUGUUUUUGGUUCCAUGAAGAACUCAACACAAUUGUUCUAUGCAAAUUAUGUGUUACAAAAUUUCAGUGGAGAAGCAAAUGUGAAUGUCGGUAUACCCGAUUUGCCUUUUGUCGACAUCACUGCCGUGUUCAAACCAUUUGUGUGUAAAGUGAGUAAAGCAAAGAUAGAUUUGGUCAAGGAGUACAUUUCAGAAUUCUCGACCGGAUGGGACAAAGUGAUUAUUGGGAAGAAAAUAGAAGGCGAACUUUCACUUGAUGACUUGGCGUUUAUUAAACAACAGAAGGAGUUGAUCACCAAUUUAAUGAAAAAGGCUGCGAAAGAGUCUUUUAGAGUGAAUGCAGUUCUUGAGAAGUUCGAACUUGGUGUUGCACAAAUCGGUGACUCUGAGGAGAGACACAUGAUAACACAAUUGAUAGUCGAGAAAGUUGGAUUAAAAGUCGGAGUGAAGAUGAAUGGUGCGGAUGUCACUGCGACGGUGGGGAGUGUCGAGCUUGAAGAUCAUGUCAAUCAAACGCCCAAAAUACCAUAUAUCAUAUCAAGUAAAUAUGAUGGGAAUACUACAUGCUGUGAAGUUAAGAUGAAUGUGUUGUGGAACUUAGGGUUGAUUGAUAUCAAAGGCACGACUCAAGUGAAUAAGGUGGGUGUAGUUGUUCAACCAAAAGUAGUUAGUGAGUUAAUAAAAUAUGGAAUGAGUCUGUUAUUCUCUUACAACAUUGACCUUCGGUCAAAACAAGAAAAGGAAGAGUCACUGAAAAAGGUGUUAAAAGUUAUGAAAGAUGCUGUAGGCAUUUUAGAUGAAGAUGAUGAUAUAAGUUUUGAAGAAAAGCCUGUAGUAGUGAAGGAGAAAAAGACGUCUGAAGUUAAAGAGGAGAGUACCACUGAAACACAAAACAACAAAAAGACCAAAGAACAUCACAAAAACAGAUUUCAAAAAGAACUUGAAGCCUUUGAACUUAAAGUCCAUGUUAACAUGGAAAUGUCUGUAGUGGAAUGUGGACUGUGUUUGGUGGAAGACAACGACAAAAUGGCUACCAUGUCUAAAUUACAAAACAUGCGUGUGGGCAUCCAAUUUAUUGACAAACCCGAAUUCUCUGUUGAAGUGGGCAAAGCCAAUAUUUUUGAAAUAGAUGAAGGCAGUGGUGAUAAGCGUCCGGUACUUGUUUACAACGGAGAUAAAUUGCUUCAAAUGAAUUAUAAACAAAGUGUUUUGACUGUGAAUGAACAACAACUGCCACAACAUGACAUUACACUCAAUGUUGACACAUUAUAUUUCUAUUUGUGCCCUUCAUUCAUUACACGAACAAUCCGAAUUAUUGCAAGCAACUCUUUGAUUCAAGCAAUUGAUAUAGAAGACGUUCACAAACAGUUGGUUAAAGGUUUCAGUUCACUAUCUACUAACUUAAAAUCGGCGAUGAAAAGCAUCACAAUCAAAAAAAGAGUUUCAAAUGGCGAAAUUUCACUGUUCAACCCUAAAAUAGUGUUUAACUCACCACAAAUACGACUGUUCAAAGACUAUGCAAGUGGUGAUUAUUCACUGAACGCGUCUGCUGGUGUCAUUCAUAUCUCAAGUGACAUCACACAAGAGGAAAAUACAAUUCGACAAAUGUUUAUGAUUCAAACGGACAACAUCGACAUCUCAACUACACGAAUGAGUCAGACUAUUCCAGUUAUCAGAGAACUGAGUUUUGAAUGUCAGGCGUGUGUCGAAACCCAAAUUGAGGAAAAGACAUCACCAAGAGUCACUAUUGUGUGUGUAGUUGAUAACCCACUGAAAGUCGAUCUUGAAGCCACACAACUCCAGUUUUGUGUUGAUUAUAUCUUGUCUAUUAAAGACAAAGUCGAUUUGAAAAUGUUUGAAAAUCUGAUCGACCACAUCAAAUCGACUCGACAGAAACGAGCUGCAAAGAGUGUGGAGUACACAAAGGAUUUGAGAAGAAGUACAAGAAAGGAAAAGGUGUAUACGUUGACUGGAAACUUCUCAGUCAAAACAAUAGAAAUUCUCUUCAAGAAUGAAAACAAUUUGGCACUGGCUGGUGUCACCAAUGUGAAUGUUGCAAUUCGAAUGACAGAGGACAUGUACUUAGAAGGAGAGAUUAAUGUGUUUGAUGUCAAAGUUGAAGAUGCACGACCAAAAGCAGAAGGUCGGUUCCACAAAUGCUUUUACAAGAGGUCCGACUCUUCAUUUGCGACAAUGAAAUUUGAUAUGUUCAUACCAACGCAGCAAUUGAUAUCUGAGAGUGUUAUAAAUUGUCCAUCUAUAGUGAUUAUACCAUCACUGUUUGCAGAUUUGGCGAUGAUUGUAAUGAAAUUGAUUCCACAAAAGCCACAAAUAGAGAGUGAAGCACAGAAGAAAGAUAAGAAAGAGUGUGAUAGCACUGUCAUCAAGAAAAUAACUUCUUCAAUUCAAGUCAAAGAAGCUAUUGAAGCAAUGACUCGAUGUGAAGUGAAGGAUUCGGUAUUACAAGAUGACGCGGAUCUUAAGAGACACUCUGGGUCUAAAAUAUUCAAUAAUUUAAGAGAGAAAUAUCCAAAACUCUCAGACCACGCAAUUGAAUAUUUGUGCGACGAGAUGUUGAGACAGUCAUUCAUCUGUGGGAGUUUCCCAUUUAACUCCAAUGAGAUGUACACGGUAUUAACAGCGGAUGUGGACAACCAGACGUCUAUCUUUAUGCCAUCAUUUGAACCAAACAAAUUAAAGCCUGAAUUUAAAAAGAAUGAUGAAGAUAGAAUGGUCUUUAUUGUUGCAAUAAACAACUUAUCAUGUGUGAUAAUGAUGGAUGACGACGAUUUGAAUACUGCAUAUUUACUCAGUGAAGUGAAUGGAAGUGGCAACUUCUCUGUGAAGAAAAGUUCUGCGAUGAACUUUGUGUGUAUGCUGAACCAAGUAGUCUUUAAAAAUUGUAAAGCAGAACAAGGGUUGUUGAAAUAUGAAGGAAACGUGAUGAACGAUGGCUUUGAUUUUUCAAUUCGAGGGACAUUAGAGCAAAAUUCGAGUCUGCUUGACUUCUCAAGUCAGUGCAUUUUUACACCAGGAAAAUUUGUGGUGUCCUUUGACGACAUUCGAAUGUUCAGAGGUGGUGUAAAGACACUCCAAAAAUUGAUCAAACGAUUCAACGACUUGAAUACCGGAAAACCAAAACUUAUUGCAAACCAAAAAACUACUUUGGCAACACUAUUUAGAAACCCUCCAAAUAUAAGAAUUGAUGGAAAGGACUUCUAUAUCCACUCGACAUUCUCAAUUAACGAUUUUGAAGUGGUGAUGAACCACCCAACCAUUUUAACCCCUGUUUAUAGAAUGAAUGUGGUCAAAGCGGAAAUGAAAGUCUCUGGAUUCAAUGACGAUAUAUCAGUGAAUAUAUCGCCAAUGGUCUCAUUCGACGCAUUUAACCAGAAGUUUGGAGAAUAUGAGAGAGUCGUCGAACAAGUUCAAAUGACUUUGACAUUGCGCAUGUCGUGUGAUAUUGUGGAAGGAGAGCCCCGAAUGUGUCUUGGUGUCAAUUGUGGGUUUGGCGAUCCUGUGGAUGUGACUGUUACAAAGGAAUUUAUCGACCAGUCAAUUCAUAUGUACAAACAGAUUGACAAAUUACUGGAAGAAGCGACUGGGUCGACUUUGUUCAAAGAAGUUCGUGUCGUAGACCACUUGACAACAGUAACCACACGAAAUAAGAUAUGGGUCAGUAUAGAUGGAAGAGAAAAGGAAAUUUUAGAGGCGAAUAAAGAGACUCGAUUGGGAGUGGAUACGUUUGGAAAGGAAAUUAAAGAAUUCUAUUUAGUAGUUAAUGGAGAGUCAUUUAUAGUUCCAUUGACUACAACGAUGACACAAUUAUAUAUUUUAAAGAACCGAGUCUACUUCAUGAGUCAUUUAGUUUAUUGUGAGGAUGGAUCGAAAACAGUGUUCUUGGAGAGUUGUAAACAACUGAAAAACGUGUUGGACAUCCCAAUCACAAUUUGUUUGAGAAAAGACGAUGGGACUCAACACCAAUUAGUGUUAAAUCCAGACGAAAAACGGUCAUUACCACAAGAAUUUGUUAAGUGCCCCAUUCAAGUCCAAUUUGAAGACAAACACAUGACGUUCAUGAGCGACAAUAUUACUAAGACGGUAUUGUGCCCAAUUGAUAAAUCAAAGAACGACUUUUUGUUAAUCGAGCCAAAGAGUGUGACAUUUGAAACACCAACUGGCAACUGUGAAGAGAUGAAUUAUCUGAUAAAAUACCCAUUCAUGAUAUCUAACAUGCUUCCUCGAGUUGUGAAUGUGUCUAUUGAAAAGAAUAGUAUGGUUGUGGAGAGUGGGAAAACAGUACGAAUUGUAAGAAGACCAUCAGAUAACUUCCUCUUCGAAGGAGAAGGGACUUCAAUCAAAAUUAAGAUGAGGAAAUUUGAUGAUGUCACCAUAGACUAUUACAAAUUGACAAAUGGAAUGUACAUUAGAGCUCGUUGGGACAAAGGACUAUGUGUUAUCGAUAGUGAGUUUCUCCUCUUUAACAAAACAAAUGAAAACAUCUUUGCAGAAGUUGGACGCUCAAAGGUACUCAUCCAACCCAAUUCAAGUGGAAGUAUUAUGACCUUCCAAAAAGACAAUUUGAAGUUGGUUAUGUGCGAAGGAUAUUCUCAAGAAUUACAACCAAAGUCCAUCACAUCGGGCGACUUGUGCAUUAUAGGGAAGAAAGAAACGAAUUUUGUUCACUUGGAAUUAUCAUCAGACCCCAAACUUGAAGGUGUCAAAAUAGUAACAAUUACAUAUGCGUAUUACGUCAUUAAUGUGACUGAUGUCGAUUUAAUUGUGAAAUGUGGAGAUCAAGGCGAUUAUAGAAAAGUAAGAAAAUGUAGUGGUGACGACAAUACCCCUGUUCCUUUGAUACUUCCAAAAACAAAAUCGACAGAUGUUGUACCAUCAUUUGAAAUUGGACGAAGUGACAAAGGGCCGUGGUCAAAGCCCAUUUGUUGUGUGACUGGGAGUGCAACAGCGUUUUGUUUGGUGAAAGGAAACAACAUGUUUGAGAGAGACAGUUUCUAUGUAACUGUUAGGAAUUAUGGGUCUGGACAAUGUGUUGUUAUUGAACACCAAUCUGCACAUAAAUGUAAAUACCGACUUGUGAAUGACACAAAACAUGAAAUAGUGUAUGCUGAUGUUGCUGGAAGGUUUGGUUUUAAAAACACAAUUGAGCCAUUCACUGAGACUUCCAUUGAGUUUCCAAAUACCGUCGACAUUCAAAAAGUGUAUGUCACAUCGAACUUCUUGCCGGAACAAGAGAUGAAAUUUUCAUUAAAGAAAUUGAAGUUUUAUGAUCCCUUCACAACAGAUGCAUUAUACUUUGGGUACACUUAUAUCAUUAACGGCAUCACAACAUUGACCUUUACAACAAACCAAGUCAAAGUAAUGGAAGAGUGUCCUCUGUUUAUUUUAAACAAUCGCGAACAAAAUGGGAAAAGUUCAAUUACUUCUUCGUUACAUGUCCCCAUUGUAACAUUCUCAUUUAGAGCUCCAAGUGUUGGUGUGGACUUGGUUGACCAUCAUAGAGAUGAAUUGUGUUACACCCGCUUCUUAAGUGUCAAUGCAAAUGCUCGAAUAAAUUCGAAGUACUCAGAAGCAGCGUGUGAUGUCGGAAGUAUUCAAGUUGACUGUGACACAAUCAAUGCGGAUGAUGAAGUCCUUGUUUAUAUACCAAAGACCACUUUACCUGCUUUCCACGUCUCCACACAAGUUAUUCAAAGUGAAACAUCAGACACAUUCUUCUUUUUCCCGUUUAUUAAUGUGUUAGUCCAACCAAUCACAGUUGCCGUUGAAAGUAGUUUCAUUGCACGUUUAUAUGACCUUUUCAAGUCAAUUCCAUUCCAUUUGUUCUCCACAACUACACCAGAAACCCCUAAAGGAAUUCCUCCACUGAACUCAAAAUUCUCUGCGUUCAUCAAAUCGCUUGUGUUACAACCAAUUGUUCUUUCUAUUUCACUCAAUUUGCAACCAAAUCAGUUGGUCUUCAUCCCAUAUAAUGCAGCAACAGCACUUUUACACGCACUCGGUUCUUCAUUAGUAAACAUCAGAGAUUCUUCAAUUAAGUUGAACGCCUCAAUCGCAAAGAAUAUCAACGGCGACAUGGCCUCCUUAAAACAGGUUUUCAUCGAACAUUACUACAAGCAAAUCAUGAACCAAGCCAUCCUCCUCUUUGCAAAUUCUUCGUUUUUGGGAAACCCUCGAGGGCUACUGAAAGACAUCUCAACUGGAUGCCACGACUUCUUCUACGAGCCAGCACAAGGCCUCACUGUUUCCGCGAGUUCAUUUGGGCAUGGGAUGGCAAAAGGUGUCAGAUCUCUGGCUAAGAACACUACGCAUGGUGCCGCGUCUUCCGUUUCUGGGAUGUCGAAGUCUUUUUCGUCCUUUGUUGCUUCUUUAAGUUUUGAUCAGGCGUACAUUGACAAGAGAAAUGCAGACCGCCGUGCGAAAACGACAGGAGAAGGAAUGAGAAAGGGGUUUGAAUCGUUUUCAAGUGGGAUGUUCAAUGGUGUUGCUGGGUUAGUGUAUCAGCCUGUUGUUGGUGCCCAGAAAGAUGGUGUUGGUGGAUUCUUUGCUGGUGUUGGGAAAGGAGUCGUUGGUGUCUUUGUCAAACCAGUUGUUGGUGCAAUUGAUUUAGUAGGUAAGACUUCCGAAGGCAUAGGCUCAAGUACCAACACGAAUAAGAUUCUGAGGAUCCGAGAACCAAGGAGUGUCAACUACAAAGUCGUGAUGAAGUCGUACGACAAAAAUGAGUCAUUCUUACUGAAGUUGGUGAGAAACACCAAAUUGGAUGUGUACAUUGUUUCUUACUUGUCACAAGGGACAUGUGCUUGGGUUCUAGGAGAAAAGCACUUCUACGUCUAUGAAAACAACGACAUCAAAAUCUUCAAAUACCCAUCACUUGAAAUCAACAGAACAGUUGAUGGGCUUCAAGUUGUUUGUAAAGCAGUGAAGUAUACACACUCCCUCAGAGUAAAAGUGGACAUUCCAUCAAGUAUAGCUUUUCUGAAAAGAGCUCAGAAUGUGAUCAAAUUUAAUUAA